AUGAAUUCUCUCUUUCUUCCAGCAGAUGAUGCACAGGAGGAGGAAGGAAGACUCCACGGGACAUCCCCAGAAAGAGUGGAGGUUGAAAAGGAGAACUGUGGGAAGAGAGAUGAAUUGCAGAGGAAGAAGGCAAAUGAGGCAAAUGAGAGGAAAAACAAACCUCACCCUUAUCUUAGAGUUGUCUGUCAAGAAGAAGAGGAAAAGUCAAUAAAAAGAUGCCUCAAUGUCCCUCAGAGCUCAGAGUCUGGGCUAAGGAGCCCACAGAGGAAAAGCCCAGUGAAAUGUCCAAGAUGCCACUCAGAGGAAAAUCUUUGUAAAUGUUUGGAGCAUAGAGAGAGUUCCAGAAGGAGCCCAGAAGAUCCAGGGUUUCCCACAGGAGAGAAACCUGAAGACUCAGGGUCUGAAAAAUGCUUCAGCGUUAGCUCAGCUCUUCAAGACACUCAGCCGGUGCACUCAGAAGGAAAAUUGUAUAAGUGUGAAGAAUGUGGCAAGAGCUUCAAGGGAAGGUCUGGACUUAAGCAACAUCAGAGAAUACACACGAAGGAGAGACCCUACAAAUGUCAUGAAUGUGGAAAGGGCUUCAAACGGCUGUCAAGUCUCAGAGAACAUAAAAAAAUUCAUACAGGAGAGAAACCCUUUCUCUGUGAAGAAUGUGGGAAAACGUUUUCCAAAAACUCCAACCUCACCGUACAUCAACGAAUUCACUCAGGGGAGAAACCUUAUACAUGUAAAGAAUGUGGGAAAUGUUUCACGCGCCUCUCUAAUUUAACCAUACAUCAACGCUCACAUUCAGGGGAGAAACCCUAUCAUUGUAAAAGUUGUGGCAAACAGUUCAGCUCCUGUUCAAACCUCACGAAACAUCAACGAAUUCAUUCAGUGUAAAAACCUUAUACAUGCAAGGAAUGUGGGAAAUGUUUCACGCGCCUCUCUAAUUUAACCAUACAUCAACGCUCACAUUCACGGAAGAAUCCGUGUCGUUCUGAAGAAUGUGGGAUAAGCUUCACAGCUGAGUCACCCUUCACAGAACAUCAGCAACUUCAUACUGGGGGGAAAACCACAUAAUUGUGAGGAAUGUGGAGAAAGAUUUCUCUGGUUGUUCAGUCUGAGAGAACACAAGAAAAUUCGCUUCAGUCAGAACCUCUAAAAUGGAGAGAAUGUGGGGGAAACCUUGUAUUUCAGAACCAAGAAUGUUACACAUCAACUUAUGCACAGAGAGUAGAAAGUCUGAAAAUUCUGCAAAAUGCCAACGUCUGAAACUCCAUCUGAAUAUUUCUCCUGGGAAGAAAACAUUCGGAGAUUCAAGGAAUACUGAGAGCUCUACUGUUGACUUAAGCCUUUGUGGAUCUACGAAGGCACUUUGGAAAGAAACGUUAUGGUGGCUUUGAAUGUGGAAAUCCUUUGGAGGAAAUGUUCUCUUCCUCCCAAGGUUCACAAACCCCACAUUCCCGAGCACAUUCUACAUUAGGAAGGAGCCAGUCAACUGGGGUAAUGCAUGCAUCUGCAUAUCGGAAGAUAGUGACAAAGAGUGAAUGUGAUGCGUGGAUCUCCCUGCCUCGUGUUCUGUGAUUCUUUGUCUGCACCAAUUGCGUCUUUUACUUCAAUGGUUUUAUCAUGAUUUUAACUUAAUCAUUUUAUGAAAAUUGCCUUGAAACUAAUAAAUGAUCUGAUUCCAACUGA